AUGGCUAAUCUGACUCCCUCCUCCACCCCUUCGACCCUGUCGCACAGUCUCCCUUCCGCUCCGUUCGCGAGCAGAUUGAGCGAGCAGUUGUCACGAAGCAAAGAGCAUCGUGAACCGUCCAGCGAUACGGAUUCUACAAGAGACAAGGCGAGCAGCCUCGAAGCACCAGUACGGCCGUCAUCCAAGUCCCGCUCGCUAUCCGAUGCCCCAAAACCCGUCUCCGUUUCCCCGACCCUCGCAGCAGAGACUCGCCCUUCCAGCAAAGAUGACAAUUCCAUCAACUCAACUCCCGCAACUCCACAACGGUCAUCUGUGCACUCUUCAGGCCUUUUUCUGAAUCUACCCUCCAAGCUAGCCGCAGCCGCCCCGAUACCUAACCGCGCCCCGCUCUCCCCGAAGCUCGACUCCUCUCACAUCUACGGCUCCCCCGGCUCAGUUCUCCCUCGGCGGUCGCGCGGUCUUGACUUCUCCCGCGCAUGCACGAAUCUACAUCACUCUAUACUCGCGGAAUCCUCACCCGACUCCUCACCGACGGUGGGUGGCCGAGGAGUCACCAUUCCGCAGCGUCGCGGCUCGCCGGGCGCAACCUGUAUGGGUCCAUUCUCGACAUCCGGGCCGGCGGACCGGACGACGAUAUCUUCUUCGGUCUCCAGUGUGAACAUGAUGGAGUCGGAUACGAGUAGCAGUGAGGAGGACGAUGAGCCGAUGCUGGGCGACAGGGACGACAUCAUGAUAGCGAGUACCCCUCAAGCGAGCAGGAUGAUCGGCGGGCCGAGUCCGUUUGCUUCGGGCAACGUACCCAGCCCCGGUAGUGACUGGAUGGGGGGGUAUUCGCAGGCUGCUGCAAGUCUGCUGAGUUUUCAACGGGCUCGGUUCCGCAAGGGGCGGAGCAGACAUAGCUCCAGCAGCGCCAGUGCGAACAGCUCGAAGUUGAGCCCCGGUCCACUUUCGCCGCCGGUGAUGAAAAGUAUUGAGAAUUCGAGCGGCGGCUAUUUUGCUACAAAACAGGGGUUUGGUCCGCGGCGCGAGAGUCUCAGCCUGGGGACUCGCGACCUGCGCUUGUCGGAUCUGAGUGAUGAGGGUGAAAGUCGGGGCCAGAGCUCGACUGGUGGAUCAACCUCUGAAGGCGGGCCUUUGGGAGUGAUCCGGCGUGCUGUGACGCGGCGUAGCAGCUUAUUACCUAAAACAAAGACAUUUGCGCGAAUCCGGGCUGCUCUACUCGAGGAAUCUGCUCCCCUAGAUAGUGAUGCGAAGCGUGAAGCAGAAGUCAUUCGACAGGUCCGCGAAAGUGAACCGGAAGUUCCGCAGACAUCGCCGAGUCUGAACCCUAUGCCCUCAACGACUUCUUCAAUACCCGGAGAGAGUCUGGACGAGGGUUCGAUCAAGUCAGGGGCAUUGUUUUCCGACGAGCCCAAAUUCAGCGAACAGGCCCAUCGCAAUUCUGCCGGUGCUGACUUUUGGAACUCCUUCGACGAACGUUAUCGCACACCGCCGCCCUCCAUGCGCCCGUUAGGUCCCCCCUCCAUCUCAGAAGACGAUGUGAUCAUGGACAUGACUCCUUCCACUACACUCGGCUCCAACACCGCCGAGUUUGCCAAACCAUAUGACCGUCCCGGGUCCCGAAGCUCCACGCCCCAUACUAGCAUUGCUGCCAUGAGCGAGAUCAACCGGAAACGUCGUCGGGAUGAUGAUUUUGAUCCGAACCUUUUCAAGCGAAGAGCCGUGUCUCCAAGCAUGAGUGUUCAGAGCAGUCCGAUUAUGCCCAAUUCUCCAGCCGUCAAGGAUACCGGCCAUAACAUCUGGGGUCCGCCGCCCAAGUCUAACCUGGGGGCGCUGUUCCCGGACCGACCCAGCACGGAGAUUCCUAUCCGGAAUACUCCGAACACUCCUCAUGCUGGCCCCCUGAAGCGGGUUGGCUUACAGGGAAUGACUGAGACCAAUGACGGUUUUAUGAAUAUGAGCAUUGAGUAA